AGAAAGUUCCAUAGACUGGUAGCUGGUCACUCAUGUCAUGAACAAUACGCCACGAGGCUGAAACCGAAAGGAGCGAUAUUUUGGUGAAGUUGAAUUUGCACGUUCUGAACACGGAAUGACACUGAAACCAACAAAGCAGGUCCUUUCACCAUCCUGAUCUACCCAAAGACAACAAGCAAGCCAGCAGCAGGCAGCAGGAGCCCCUCCGUCCGUCCCAUCCGGCCAUCCGCGCAGUGCCCCCACACCACAGGCAUCUUGCCCCGCUACCAAGAAAGUACAACAGCUCACCUAUCUACCUAUCCAUCUCCAUCCACCCAUCCUUGUUUGUUCCUCAUGCAUUCUUACUGUCCGCCUGCCUGCCUGAUCAGGACAGGAGCCAGCAUGCCGCCAUCACCGUCGUUGCUGGACCUCAUGAGCCUGCCGCCCGACCUGUCUCCGUCUGCCGAGGAAGCGGCGGACUCGUCGUCCUCGGAAGGCAGCAGCUGUGGCUUGGUGCAGGUGGUGCCGAGGGACCUCUCCGACGAGCUCCUCGGCAAGUUCGAGGACACCAGCGAGUUCGGCUUCGAGUACAGCCAGAGCGGCCUCUGGUCGCCGCUGGUCCUGCGGCCCGAGGUCCUCGCGACCGCGGUGCGGGACCGACGCAGGCGCAGCCGCCGGAGUUGGAGGAGGAAGGUUCGUAUGGUGUUCUGUUGCUGCUGACAUCCGGUUUAUGUUGGGACAAGCUCUUGUCUCUACUAAAAACUCCUCCGCAGCUUCUCAUGUAAAAACUGUUUCGUACUUAAUUUCGUGAUGAAGUUAGUUUGUACUUUGGUUAUAAUGAAGAUUACUUUUUACUGGGAUGUAAACUAGAAUGCCUGCGGGUUUGUAAGUGCUGGUGUCCACUGAUUUUGGGUUCUCGAAUAUUUGUCGUCCGCUAGUUUAUUUUGAACUAAACCGCGAAAAAUAAAAAAGAAGGGAGAGAGUCCUGAUUAAAUAA